AUGUCGCGCUUGGGCCGGUACGAAAAGUCGAGCGACGCCGACUCGAUCGAGAAGCUCACAGCCAAGCUCACAGCCGACCUCCGCAACCACAUUCGGUUUCUGGGCGAUUACCCCAUUCUCUCGACCGAGUGGAAGGAAAUGGCCCACAACAUGACGCGCUUUGGCGAGAUCUCGGAGAUGGAGCGCCAGCUGCCCAAGCAGGAGAACGCGACCUUGUGGGAGUGCGAAGAGCUCGCAUUGCGGUACAUCCUCGAAGACGGCAAGCUCAACCUCUGCCUCCGCCUUCUCGUCGAGUACAAGGAGUACGAGCGCAACACGCUCGGCCGCGACUUUGACGCCGAAGCAAAGGACCUCCUCCUCAAGUUUGAGCGCGGUCUCGGCGUCAUGCUCAAGAACGCAUGGCUCCACGUCGAAGCGCUGCAGACGACGGACCUUCCGCUGCUGGUCGAGUACAUUGCGUCCGUCCUUACCUUUUGCCACGAAGAGCCCGAGUUUUUCAAGACCAAGGACCUCGAAGACUGCCAAGAGGUCAUCGUGCUCUACUACCUCCAUGGCCUCAUGAAGCGACUCGAUGACAUUGGCGAGUCCCGCAUCAUGCCACUGCUCCAAGAACGCCAAGUGUUUGAGCUCGUGCUCUGGCAUCUGCAGCACAACCACACGUCGUUUUCGCCCGACGACGUGCUCGUGACGGCCGAGGUGCUGGCGCAAAUCUGCGACUCGGAAGACUUCCAGACGCACCCCACGGCGUAUGUGGCGACCGCCGAGGCUCGGCAGGACCUGCGUGUCAUCCAAGAAGAGGUGCUCGACGACUUGGUGACCGACCUCGACAUUCGCAAGCGCCUGCGCCCGCUUCUCGACGUCGUCAAGGACCAUGGCGCGGGCCGCAAGUAG